UCCUGGAUGCACUUAGAUUCAUAUUUAACAGCCCAGUGUGGUCGUUGAAUUUAGUAACUGCUCUCACAGCUGUCAUGUCAAAGUUUGUGUGUGACAACAAGGCAGCAAUGUGCUUAACAUGAAUUAUAAAAGGUAUUCGAGCAGGUGGACGGGCUACUGAAUACUACAAAUCACCUCACAGUGUUGCACAGAAUUUGCAUAGAGAUGCAAAACCCACGAGGAGACACAAAACAGGUUGCCUAGUUGAGUAGACAAUCAAAAUUGGAUUAAAAUGGGUUCAGGCAUAUUUAACAGAAGAUUUAUACUUGCACUACGUUGUAAGAUAGUAAUACAUUGUCUCAAACUUAAUUGUAUUAAAGGCAGUGGAAAACAAUAAAGUCUCACGAUUCAAAAGAACUGUAGCAGGCCUGUCCUAAAGUAUCUGAGGACUGUUGGAGCCACAUGUCAGAAAUGUGUUUUGGCCGCGAAGGUUUCAGUGCACGGCGUCGGUGCAAAGACCUAAAGUACUGCACUCAGCAGCUGGAACCUGUAAAGACAGCAGUAAAGUAAUGGAGCCUACUGAAGAUAAAUGGAUUUAUAAUGACUUAACACUUGCAAUUCUCUUUUAAUCAUUAUUUUGGCAAUUCUUUUCUUUCAAGUGGAGGAACUUUUAAUUCAUCCAAUCAUUGAUCUGUUGAAUGCACCUGUUCAAAGUGUAUAAUUUGACCCAAGUGCUGUUUGAACCAUAGUGCAUGUACUGUUGUUCCAGAGAGAUGUUGCUGCUGGUGUUGGGAGCCCUCCUCCUGCUCUUCUGCACUCUGGAUGUGUGGUACUUCCUCCGGGGGGCCCAGGUGUUCAUCCAGGCGCUGUUUCAGCCCAGAAUAUGGGACAUUCUAGCUGAGCAAAGAAUUGACGGCAUGGUGCUUCCCCAUGAUUUGGACUACAUGGGCCACAUGAACAACUCUCGGUACCUGCGGGAGUGUGACUUUGCUCGCUUCCACCAUUACAUGCGAAACGGGCUGUUCAUGGCCGCACACAAAUUGGGGGCCAAAAUGGUGGUAGGGGCUUCCACCAUCCGGUACCGGCGCUCUUUGGCCUUCCGUGAGGCUUUCGAGAUUCGGACCAAAGUUGUCGGAUGGGAUGAGAAGGCCUUUUACUUGGAGCAGCGCUUUGUGUCCAAGAACGACGGCUUCGUCUCUGCGGUGAUGCUCUGCAGGCAGAAUGUGGUGAAAUGCAGCCCAGAGAGUAUCAUAGAAUAUGUCUGCAAAAGGAAGAUCGAGUGCCCUGUGUUUCCUGAGGACCUCAAACACUGGAUCAGCUUCAUUUCAGCCAGCAGCCAGGCCCUGAGAGCAGAGAGCGGUUUGGAAGAGAAGAAUAAGUGAAGCCACACCGUGUAGACACAUAUCAUUUAUAUUGCACGCAUAUAUACAGUAUACAUCCAUACAUACAUACACACACUCAAACACAAACAUACAGUUAAACAUCAUAGAGAAUUUUACUUGACUUACACAAUUCCACUUAUGUUCUGGGUCAAUCCUACCUGCAGUGUAUUUUUUGUAGGAAGUGAACCGAAGUACUAUAUAACAGCUGAAUAUGAAAAACUUGAACUGUUGGGUAUUACAUGUUUUAAAAUGCACUUACGCACUGGAGUCAUAACUGACGUUGUUCUAUAAGAAACAAAAAAACUUUUAACGCUUUAUCCUUGCAGCUUCUUCAGUAGUGGCCUGUGAAUAGUCCGGCAUCAGACGUCUUCAUUCUCAUUUAGCAAAAAUCCUUGAACUUCAGAUAAAGCAUGUAGAGCAAAAAAGUUAAUCUUCCACAGACAUCGAUGCAUGUUUUAAAACAACCAGAAUCAUUUUUUGGUGCCUGUUUCUCUUGAUUAGUCGUAGUUUGCAGUUAUAAGUUCUGAGAAUUAUGACUUUUAUGGAAAAAAAAACAACCACAUACAGUCGGUGUGAUUGAAAUGCUUGAAUGGACAUCCUCGAACACGUAACGACUAUUAGUUUUAAUCUUCCCAUUUUGCACAAGCAACAAACUCGAGUUCCUGCUAAAAAUCGAAGAGGGAAUAUAUAUAUAUAUAUAUAUGUAUAUAUAUAUAUAUAUAUAUAUAUAUAUAUAUAUAUAUUUAUUUAUUUUUAUUUUUUAUUUCUAUUGAUUUAAGUUUUGUUUGAUUUUAGGAGAAAGUGCUCAGAUCCAGAUUGACCGUUGUGAAAAGCUAAUGUUAAUACCGUACGAGGUUGCUGGCAACUUUUCAAAACUUGCAACGCACAAUAAACAGUGAAUGUUUGAGUGAUGCUUUGUUUUUAGCCCUUUUCAGAUCUGGAACAUUUUUCCUUGAAUGCAUCAAAGCUUUAUUUUGUGACCAAAGUAAUGUAUCGUUCUGUUGGAAGGGGAAACAAAAUCUAGUUGCACUGUGUCCAACCUGUUAUUCAUGUUGCUAAUGCACAAAGUUCCUAUUUAAUUCCUUUGAGUUUGAAAUUGAUGUAUUGUCCUUUUUUGUUUUCCACUUAUCAUUAUUUAUGAUUUAUUGAAUUGGAUUACUGUAUCAGACUUCAUUUAUUGUGUUUGUUAUUUAAUGGCAUUUUUGAUUAAAAAUGCUUUGGAAACCA